AGCUUGAGACAGCCAUGGCAUACUACACGAGCUACAUCCGGACACCCUCGGGCGUGCUCAAGAUGUUCCAGAUCCUGGUAGGCCUGGUGAUUGUCAUCAGCCUGAUGAAGUACAACUACGACCAGCAGGAGAUGGCCUACACUUUCCGCCUGGACACGGUGCUCAUGGCGAUGACCGCCUUCACCUUCCUCCUCGUCUCGGCGGUGCUACUGCUGUGCGCACUGCUGGACGGCCCCAUGCACGGCUUCAGCGUCACGUACCGCCUGCUGAACGUGUUCGCGGUGUUCUGCUACCUGCUCUCCACCACGGGUUACCUGGCAUCGGAGUUCCGCUACGGCGUCGACUGGCACUUCGGCCUGUCCACGGGACUGCUCUGCAUCGGCAACACGGUCGCAUAUGGCGGUAACACGUUCCUCGCCUACAAGACCCUGCUCGAGUGAGCGCCCCGUCCAGCCACCUGUAGCGAAGACCAACGUCUCAAACCCGAAUGCUUCUUUAUCGGGUACCGCUACCGCUAGACCACGCUGCAUCGACACAUCAUCUUGGAAGGCAGCUAGUGCUGUAAAGUGUUCACCCGUCGGUAUUUUUAUUUUCUGCCAACUCUCCGCCACUUUUUUUUUCUUUGCGUAAAUGUGCAGUCUUCAGUAAAUGUACAUGCUGCUUGCCUGUUCUUCAAUAUUGCUCGUAUAUUGUGCAAAUUAAUGUCACCAUUGAGUCUUACGGUGUAAUAUAUGCAGAAUAAUGUGUCGUCUUUGUAGAAGGGCAACACCGAAAAGCAACUUUCAAGAUAGUUAAUUGCGGGGACCUUGCAUUUACGUAGCCGUUCAAUAAGGGCAGUGGGGUGCAUAUGCAUUAACUUUGGUUUCCAUGCCUAGUCAGUAC